GUAGCUCAAGAAAUACGGAUAUGGAAAUACUAAGAAAACGUUCACACGCCCAUGGGAAGUCGCCCAGAUGCUGUUGCAAACUAAAAUUUGACAAAGUCACCGAGAAAUUCGUGGGUGUAUAAUUUGACCGGACUCAGCAUUUGUUGGGGCGUAAAUUGUGGCACAGAAUGGCCUCCAAAGCUGUUUACUCGCAUAGAGACCCCAUGUUAAAGAAAAGAGAUGACUUUGAGGACAUUCUGGAGGACAGGAGGAACUCCAGUGACCUGCGAUACGCCCUGAGGUGCUACGCGCCCGUCCUGUACAAGGAGCUGACGCCCUGCACGGCCGGUGGCCUGAAAGGCCUGGUGCUGCAGUCUGACCAGCUCCGGUACGUCAUCGGUCAGGUUUCCAAAGAGACGGGCGUGACCGUAGAGGAUGUCCAAGCGGAGGCGUCGGCCAUCUUGGAUGAGAUGGCCCACCGCUUGCAGCUCAGCACCGUUCGCUUCUUUGCCUUCAUGCUCUGCAAAGUCUUCAAAGCCCUGUUCAGGAGCAUCUGCGUCAACGAGGAGGGCAUCCAGAGGCUCCAGCAGGCCAUUCACGAGCACCCGGUGGUUCUGCUGCCGAGUCACCGCAGCUACAUGGACUUCCUGCUGAUGUCCUACCUGCUCUACACCUACGACCUGGCCCUGCCGGUCAUCGCCGCCGGCAUGGACUUCAUGGGGAUGAAGGUGGUGGGUGAGAUGCUGCGCAUGUCUGGAGCCUUCUUCAUCCGGAGGUCAUUUGGCGGCGACAAACUCUACUGGGCGGUUUUCUCUGAGUAUGUGAAGACCAUGCUGAAGAAUGGGUUUGCUCCUGUUGAAUUUUUCCUGGAAGGAACGAGAAGCCGAACAGCCAAGUCUUUGACUCCAAAGUUAGGUCUGCUGAACAUCGUGAUGGACCCAUUCCUUAAAGGGGAAGUGUUCGACGUCUGCCUGGUCCCGGUCAGCAUCAGCUACGAGAGGAUCCUGGAGGAAGCGCUCUACGCCAGAGAGCUGCUGGGCGUCCCAAAGCCCAAAGAGUCCACCUCUGGCCUGUUCAAAGCCAGAAAGGUCCUCAGCGAGGACUACGGCAGCAUCCACGUGUACUUCGGCCAGCCCGUGUCCGUCAGAAGCUUAGCCGAGGGCAGAGUCAACCGCGGCCAGUUCAACCUGACGCCCAGACACAUCCCCAGGAGACCCGGGGAGGACGUGGGCGUCUUCGUGAACGCGGCGGCCUACCGGCUGGUGCGGGCGCAGGAGGAGAACAUGGUGCUGAAGCCCUGGGUGCUCCUGGCCUCCCUGCUGCUCCAGAACCAGCCGGCCGGCCGCGGCCCCGGCCAGGGGCUGACCCUGGAGGAGCUGACCCAGCAGGCCGCGUGGCUCCGAGACCUCGCCCGGCAGUUCGGAGCCUUCCUUCACUGGCCCGGUACGGCACCACCGGGGUCCGGGACAAUGCCCGGUCUGUGCGCCACGGAGACGACUCACAAAGGGACGUCUGUUAAAAACAACUCACCCUGUCCUGAAGGGGGGGCCGGCGCCCCCGAGGAGGAGCUCCUGCGGCGGGCCGUGGUGGUGCUGUCCUGCGCCUCCUACAGGAACCAGGGGCUCCACGUCUUCCUGCGCCCGGCGCUGCUGGCCUCCGCGCUGCGCACCGCCUCCUCCAGCAGGAAACGUCAGCGGCCGCCGCCGUCCUCCCCACGUUGCCACGGCGACCACCCGGACGUCUUCAAUAGCUUCACCUUCCUGAGGAACGUGUUCUCCAACGAGUUCAUCCUGUGUCCGGGAGCGGCUGUGCAGGACUUCGAGGAGGCCUGCUACCUCCUGGGGAAGAACGGGGCUCUGCAGGCCGGCCAGCAGGACAUCCUGGUGACGGAGAGAGGACGCCGGACGCUGGCCUUCCUCGCCAAGCUCCUGGACCCGUUCCUGCAGGGGUACCAGGCGACGGAGGGUCUGACGGAGAAGCAGUUUGUCCCCGCCGUCCGGGCCUUCGUCAUUAAGCAGCUCCUAACAGGCAGACUCGGGUACGUGGAGGCGCUGUCGUCGGACCUCCAGAAGAACGCGCUGGCGGCGCUGCUCAGGCUGGACGCCGUCCAGAAGCUGAAAGGAGGGGAGGCGCCGGGCACUCUAAAGGUCAACGCGGUGGUGGUCAACUCACUGGAAGACACUCUGGGAGGAAGCCUCCCCACUCAGAAAGCAGCCGUCGCUCGCCUUUAACCCUCCGAGCCCUUCGGCCAAUCGGACAGCUCGGUUGGGCCGGUGCCCCUCCCCCCCCCCCUCAGGUGGGGAGAGGAAAGCAGCUGCAUCUGGGUGCAGCUCGGCCACCUUUUAUACUGAAUUUCUAUCGUUUCUUUAUCUCCCUUCAGCUUUUUUUUAAAAGGAAAAAAAAACUCUUAAGCCAUUUUCACACCCCGAACGGUUCAGGACUCCUGUGUGAAAGAGGUAUCAGAAUUUAUUAUUUUAAAUCGUCUAAAUCCAGACUACGAUCCAGAGCUCGGCUCAUUCAGUUCCUCCUGACCGAGCCGCCUUCAGGGCUCCUGGACGUGCAAAAACGAGCGGUCAUCCUCUAGUAAUGCGCUUCAGCUCAGGCCCCCGGAGCCCAAUGGGGGGGGUUUCACUCCUUUUCCUGCAUCUUUCUCUGUUCACUCCUCUAUUCUCUUGUGCACUUU